ACCGUGACUCGAGACUCAUCACUCACGAGCUUCGAGAGCAAUGGCCGGGAAAAUGGAUAAGACGACAAAAAUCGUGGUCGCGGUGGUGGGUUCUCUCGGGCUUCUUAGCACAAUCAUGGGGUUCUCCGCCGAAGGCACGAAGCUCACUGCUUCGGACGUGCUGAUCGGCGACGGGGCGUGCUACUACCCGCGCAACUCAUCGCUGGCGCUCGCGAUCUGCGCGGCCCUCUUCCUGGUAGUUGCCCAGGUCAUCUUCGCGGCCGUCGGCGGCUGCUGCGGAUGCUGCAAGUCCCGCACAAUGCCCUCCGAGAAGAACCGGAUCAUCGGCGUCGUCUGCGCCGUCGUCUCAUGGAUCACGGCGGUGAUCGCGUUCGCGCUGUUCGUGGAUGGCGCGGCGGUUAACGGCGAGGGUCUGCGGGAGACGGACACGUUCGGGCAGUGCUUCAUCCUCAAGGACGGCAUCUUCGCCGGGGCGGCCAUCCUCACGCUCGCCGCCACGGCACUCGGGAUCACCUCCUACGUCCUGCUCGGCAGGCAGACGGACGCCGCCGCCGCCGCCGCUCCCAAGGCAGGAGGCGGGAUCGCAAUGGGGCAGCCGCAGUUCCCGCAGCAGUCUCCUCCCCAGUGGUACGGCCAGGCCCCGCCGCCGAACUACCCGCAGUACCCUCCUCCUCCAGCACAGGGCUAUGGAGCCCACCCACCAAACCAGCAGUUUCCCCAUCCUCAAGGACAUGCGCAGGUGUAGAAGCACGAACCAACCGGCCUUUCAUCAACUGAUCACAUCACAUUUGAUCAGUUGUACUCCGUAUCAUUGAAGUCCAACAAUUGCCUGAUUUCGGUUUUGUGCUCCAACAUGCAUGCACGCUGUUCCUCCGUAACUACGGCUCACAAUCAGUAAUUCUUUUUUUAGUUCUUGCCCUUUUUGAGAUUUCUUGUAUAAUUUUUGGAGUCAGCAAAUGUUGCUCCCUUUUUCGGUGUUUUUUCAGUUCAUAUUUCGAGUCAAUUUCAAGAGGCCACAAGUUCUAGGUUU